AUGGCUGAAGUUGCCAAGGCAGACAGGAAGAAGGAUCGAGUUCUCUCUGCUUUGGGUGGGAGGAUGGCGGUGCCUCCCAACAACUCCAAUGCAGAGGAAGAUGAACGCCCGACCAUGGAGCUCACUGGCCUGGUGCCCAGAGGAGUUAACAUGCAAGAUUUCCUGAAUGUCACGGACAUCCACCUGUUCAAGGAAAGCUGGGAUAACAAUAAACAGGAGCAUCACACAGACAAGUUCAUCAACAACAGGCUGAUUGUUCGACGAGGGCAGCCUUUCUGCAUCCAGAUCGACUUUAACCGUCCCUACAUUCCCAAUAGGGACCACUUCAGGUUGGAGUUUGUCAUAGGUCGCUAUCCGCAAGAAAACAAAGGAACCUACAUCCCUGUACCUUUGGUCUCCGAGUUGCAAAGUGAAACGUGGGGAGCAAAGAUCAUUUUGAAGGAGGACAGAACCCUCCGUCUGUCCAUCCAGUCUUCGCCGCACUGCAUUGUGGGAAAAUUCCGCCUCUACGUUGCUGUCUGGACUCCCUUUGGCAUCAUUCGAACACAGAGAAACCCAGAGACAGAUGUGUACAUUCUCUUCAAUCCUUGGUGUGAAGAGGAUGCUGUGUACCUGGAAGAUGAGAAGGAAAGGGAAGAAUAUGUCCUGAAUGACCUUGGAGUUAUUUUCCAUGGAGAAGCGACCAAUGUAAAAUCUCGGAGCUGGAACUUUGGCCAGUUUGAAGAAGGCAUUCUGGACGCUUGCCUGUACUUGAUGGACAAAGCGAAAAUGGAGCUCUCCGGGAGAGGGAACCCAGUCAAAAUCAGCCGUGUCGGAGCCGCAAUGAUCAACGCUAAAGAUGAUGAAGGAGUUGUCGUUGGAUCCUGGGACAACGUCUACGCCUAUGGCGUCCCGCCAUCAACCUGGACUGGAAGUGUUGACAUCCUUUUGGAAUAUCAUAGUACCAGAAGUCCAGUACAAUAUGGUCAGUGCUGGGUUUUUGCUGGCGUCUUCAACACCUUUCUACGAUGCAUAGGGAUACCAGCAAGAGUUGUCACUAAUUAUUUCUCUGCCCAUGACAACAAUGCCAACUUGCAAGUAGACAUCUUUCUGAAUGAAGAUGGGAAAACCAACACCAAAAUCUCAAAGGACUCCGUAUGGAACUAUCACUGCUGGAAUGAAGCUUGGAUGACCAGACCCGACCUUCCCGUUGGCUUUGGAGGCUGGCAGGCGGUUGACGGCACUCCGCAAGAAAAUAGUGACGGGAUGUACCGAUGUGGCCCCGCUUCUGUUCAAGCCAUUAAGCACGGUCAUGUCUGUUUCCCGUUUGAUGCGCCUUUCGUUUUUGCAGAGGUGAACAGUGACAUAGUUUACAUUCGAGUCAAACAAGAUGGAACCCAGGAAGUUGAAUGUGUUGAUGCUACCCAUGUUGGGAAAUUCGUCCUGACCAAACAGAUUGGAGGAGAUGGGCAGCAGGACAUUACCGAUCAAUACAAAUUCCAAGAAGGUCAAGAGGAAGAGAGGUUGGCCCUGGAAACUGCACUGAUGUAUGGAGCUAAAAAACCACUCAACACAGAAGGCCUAAUUGCAUUCAGGGAUGACACCGACAUGAAUUUUGAAGUGGAAAAUGUUGUACUCGGAAGAGACUUCAAAGUCACCAUCACGUUCCAGAACCACAGCCCGAGAAGUUACUCUGCCACAGCCUACCUCUCUGGCAAUAUUGUGUUUUAUACUGGAGUUGCACAGACUGAAUUCAAGAACCACACAUUUGAAGUGACACUAGAGCCCUUAAGCCGGAAGAAAGUGGAGGUGGCGGUAAAGGCAGGCGAGUACAUGAGCCAGCUGUUGGAACAGGCCUGUUUACACUUCUUCCUCACCGCCCGCAUCAAUGAAACCAAGAAGAUCCUGGCCAAGCAGAAGAGUGUGGUGCUGCAGAUCCCCAAAGUGAACAUAAAGGUCCAUGGAGAGAAGGUGGUUGGCUCCGAUUUGGUCGUGGAAGCCGAAUUCGUCAACCCUCUGAAACAAACCCUUCAGAAUGUCUCCGUGCACAUGGGGGGGCCAGGCGUCAUGAGGACGGCCAAACGGACAUUCAGAGAAAUUCUUCCCAAUUCUACACUGAAAUGGGAAGAAAUAUGUCGGCCUUGGACCCCAGGUUAUCGGAAAAUAAUAGCAAGCCUGAAUUGUGAUGCCAUCCGACACGUGUAUGGUGAGCUGGAACUGGAGAUCCAAAAGAAACCAUUUGUUUAAAUACGAGAGAAGAGGGGAACCCAGCAAAGGCUAAUGCUGUGCACUGUCGGCUACGAAAUGAUGAUGCUAAUUUGUAAGGCCAGCUCUUGUUUUAUCUUGUGAGUAAAUAGGGGGAACCCCGUGCUGAAG